UUGUUAAACAUGUCAGAGCGCAUGCGCGGCGUUGGCCAUGCGGAAAAUGACUCGUCAGUGUUGUUGUGGAUCGCUGACAGGCACGUGAGCGGUGCUACGUCGUCUAUUUAGCAGUCGACAUGGCGGCCACAACUCCUCCCAAGGUGGUGUUUGAACACGAGGGAGUCUUCAUUCACUCAUCUCCAGAUGAAUCUGAGGAUCAGGAUUUAAUAUCAGGGUUCCUCAGGAUUGUUGAUAAGGAUGGUGAAACCCUUGUGGAAUAUAAACCCCUGGAGGAUGCAGAUCCCUCAAACAUACUGUGUGCCUGCAAGGACUCCAGCUCAGUGGUGGAAUGGACUCAGAGCUCAGAAGACAACCCUCGUCGUCCUGUCGAUCAUCAGCUGAGCUAUGAAACCGAGUGGGACAUGAUCAAUGCUGUCUCAUUCCGGAGAAAAGCCCACACACAUGGAGAUGGUGGAUCAAACCACGCAAAUGACCGGAACAAGUGGGCCUUCUCUUUUAAUGUGUGUGACCUCAGGUCUAUCACAGUCAAAUGUGAGGGCUGGUCAUACGUCAUUUUCCGCUUGAAGGAUGGCACAGCACUGCCAGCUAUUCAUUUCCACCAGGGAGGGAGCACAGCAUUCCUGGAUAGCCUAAGGAAAUCAGUUCAGAUCAACGAGAGUCCCAAUGAUGAAAGUAUCUUGAUUGUCAGCACUUACAGCAAAGCCUUCUCACAGUCCUUUGAGAAUCUUCUGGAUGAUACAAAUUAUGGCUUUGUUCAGAAAUUCAAGAAAGAUCCUUAUACAACAACGCUGGGUGGCUUCUCCAAAGUCACUAACUACCUCUUUGACGCAUUUCGGGCGCCUGAAUUAGAGUGUCAGCAGCGGCCUGCUGAGGAGGUGGCUGAUCUGUUGGGAGAACUCAUUCCCGGACUAGAGAUUAACCAGCAGGAAGAGCCUGGAUUUGAAGUCAUCACCAGACCUGAUCUGGGACCGAGGCCCGAGGUGCAAAGGAAGGGGCCGGUAACAAUGGAAGAAUGGGAAAAGUACCAGGACUCUGAGGGAAGAAUGACCAAUGUACCUCACAUAAAGGAUGCCAUAUUUAAAGGGGGUCUUUGUUACGCAGUGAGGAAAGAGGCUUGGAAGUUUUUGCUUGGCUAUUUUCCAUGGAACAGCACUCAUGAAGAAAGGAAGCUCCUGCAAAAGAGUAAAACUGAUGAAUACUUCAGAAUGAAGCUCCAGUGGAAGUCAGUAAGUGAGGAGCAGGAAAGGAGAAACUCAAGGUUACGAGAUUACAGGAGCCUGAUUGAAAAAGAUGUGAACCGAACUGACCGCAAUAACAAGUUUUACGAAGGCCUGGACAACCCUGGCUUGAUUUUACUACAUGACAUCCUGAUGACGUACUGCAUGUACGACUUCGACUUGGGGUACGUGCAGGGCAUGAGUGACCUGCUCUCUCCCAUCCUCUUUGUGAUGGAGAAUGAAGUGGAUGCCUUCUGGUGCUUCGUUUCCUUCAUGGAUGAAAUGCAUGAAAAUUUUGAAGAGCAGAUGCAAGGGAUGAAGACCCAACUAAUUCAGCUCAGCACUUUGCUUCGGCUGCUAGAUCUGGCCUUCUGGAACUAUUUAGAGGCACAGGAUUCUGGGUACUUAUAUUUCUGUUUUCGCUGGUUAUUGAUCCGAUUCAAGAGAGAGCUACAUUUUCAGGACGUCCUUCGCCUUUGGGAGGUUAUGUGGACCAGACUGCCUUGCCAAAACUUUCACCUUCUGGUGUGCUGUGCCAUUUUAGACUCAGAGAAACAAAAAAUUAUGGACAGAAAAUAUGGAUUCAAUGAAAUCCUGAAGCAUAUAAAUGAACUCUCCAUGAAACUGGACAUCGAAGAAAUCCUUAGCAAAUCCGAAUCUAUCUGUAUGCAGAUAAAGAAUUGUAAGGACUUGCCCCAUUCAGUGAGUGAGAUUCUGGGUCUCAACACAGUCACCGAACCCUCUGCAGCAUUAGAAACCAGUGAAUAUGGAAUACUCGAGUCACCUCAAACCUCACCAAGAUCCUCACACAGACAAGAUCACGUCGUCUCCAACGGCCACAGCCAUCUAAAAGAAGCAACACACAACGGCUGCAAAGUAGCCUUCAUUUCGUAGUGUACAGCACUACAUGAUGUAUAGUACAGAUUUUAUAGCCCCUGUAAGCAAGAUGAACAGUGUUGGGUGUCAUGUAGAUAUUUGCUACCAAAUGCCACAUUGUAAAAAAAAAAAAAAAAAAAAAUCCCAGAGAAAAUAUAUGAAUGUAAAACUAGGAUCCAAAAGGAUCCUAAAGCAUUAUUUUUGUAAUAUCUUGUACCAUAAUGUCUUUCAUUGAAAUAAUCAUUCCUUCUCACUGUAUAGAGAGAGUUUUCAUAUUGUUUCAGAGGUGGGGUAUCCAUUGUUGAAUAUUAUAUAUAUUUUUUGUUCUUAUCAGUUUGCCCUUUUCCUAAAUAAUUCAGAUUCAAAUUAAAAUCUGUCUUCCUUC